AUGGGCCUCCUGUGCCUCGGAACACCCUUAACAUGGGAUGAAACAAAGCGGUAUACAGACCAUGUUCGAGAACAUGGUAUCACGCAGUUCCUCCAUACUUGGGAUCGAGUCAAGGACAGGUGGUGUGAUGAGUUACUGUGGGGAGACGAGGUGGAAUACAUGGUCGUUACCUUUGACGAUGAGGAAAAGAAUGCAAAACUUUCUCUCCGCCAGGCUGAGAUCCUCACAAAGCUUGGUCAGGUCGUAGGCGAACUCACCGACGACGAUACACCUGCCCAGACAAGCGCCGUAAUAGAUUCGUCCCUCAGCGUGACGGUUCCGACUUUCCACCCAGAGUAUGGAAGAUACAUGCUGGAGUCGACUCCUGGCUCUCCGUACACGGGCUCUAUCUCAGACUUGUUAUCCGUCGAGACAAAUAUGCAUUACAGACGUACGCUCACAAGAAAGCACCUGAAGGCAAAUGAAAUCCCAUUUACCUUCACAUCUUUCCCUCGCCUUGGAACGCACGGCGCCUUCACUGAACCAAAUUUCUCGUCAGAAGAUGCCAAGUCUAGUUACAGCCUCUUUUUGCCUGAGGAGAUUACGAGCCUUCACCCACGUUUCCCUAUCAUAGUAGCUAAUGCCCGCAGUAGACGGGGCUCCAAGGUCGCAAUCAACCUUCCCAUAUUCAUUGACAAAAGAACGCCUCGACCAUUCAUCGACCCCACUAUACCAUCGCGACGUUACCCAGAAGAUCCAGAGGCGGAGAACGGUGUGGCAUUGAUCGAUCAUAUUUACAUGGACGCAUUGGGCUUCGGGUUUGGAUGUUGCUGUUUGCAGCUCACUUUCCAGAGUUGCAAGGUAGAUGAAGCAAGGCGCAUGUAUGACGCUCUUGUCCCCGUUGGGCCAAUUAUGCUAGCCUUGACAGCAGCUAGUCCUGCAUGGAGAGGUUACCUCGCUGAUGUAGACUGCCGCUGGAAUGUCAUCGCCGGCAGCGCCGAUGAUCGCACACCAGAAGAACGCGGUUUGAAGCCCUCAAAAGACAACUGCAUAAUUCCUAAGUCCCGUUACGACAGCGUUGACCUCUAUAUCUCGAAUGAUUGGAUGAACAAACCUGAAUACAACGACGUCCCUGCACCUUAUAAUAAAGGUAUCUUGCAACGUCUUCGUAAUCACGGCAUAGAUGAGAUGCUUGCCAAGCAUAUAGCACAUUUAUUCAUUCGAGAUCCUCUCGCUGUAUUCUUUGAAACCAUUGAUCAAGAUGACACUACUAGCAAUGACCACUUCGAGAGUAUUCAAUCCACAAACUGGCAGACUCUUAGAUUCAAACCGCCCCCACCAAACUCUCCCAUCGGCUGGCGUGUAGAGUUUCGCACUAUGGAAGUGCAAAUGACAGACUUUGAGAACGCUGCAUUUGCUGUCUUCAUCGUCCUCCUUUCCCGCGCCAUCCUAGCAUUCAACCUUAAUUUCUAUAUUCCUAUUUCCAAGGUUGACCAGAACAUGGCCCGUGCGCAGAGGAGAGACGCAGCUCGUUCCGGCAAAUUUUAUUUCCGAAAGGACGUUCUUCCCCCAGGGCAUACUACUCCUACCAUUACUCCACCUUCGUGCUGUGGAUCAUGUUCGCCUGUGGAAAGUACUCCAGCGAAGGAGAAAUUACUUCGCAAUUGGUUUUCCCGCGUUCCUAGACCAUUGUAUGUGAAAGAUGGACCGAUUGAAGAUGAGUAUGAGGAGAUGACUAUGGAAGAGAUUUUCGUUGGAAAGGGAUCCAAGUUCCCUGGUCUGCUUGGCGUUGUCGAGGCUUACCUCGACACCUUAGACAUCGAUGAAGAAGACAGGUUGCAAAUAAGCAAAUACCUCGACCUUGUCCGCAGACGCGCGAUAGGCUCUUUACAGACACCCGCGACUUGGAUUCGUAAUUUCGUGCGCUCUCACCCAAGCUACAAUCACGACUCUGUUGUGAGCCAGGAAAUCAAUUACGACCUUAUGGUCGCUGUGGACGAGAUUGAGCGUGGCGUGCGACGCGUUCCAGAGCUGUUACCAGAGGAUUACAUGCCUCUACCAUUCCAAGCCUAA